AUGGGAAAGGAACUUUUCGCUGUAGAUGUGUUUGCAAUGUCUAUCAAAUUUAUGGUCGACGAUAUGAUAGCUGUUGUCAAUCAACGCCUGACUGGGAUAAUAAUGGAGACUGACAUCCACUGGGUGCUCACAGUACCAGCAAUAUGGUCCGAUCUUGCAAAACAGUUUAUGAGGCAUGCUGCAAUUAAGGCUGGUAUAGCUACAGAAAGACUGACAAUAGUCCUUGAACCGGAAGCUGCCUCGUUAUACUGUCGACACCUUCCUGUAGUUACAACCGUUACUGAUGGUAGUUCGACGAUAUCCGAAUUCCCGACUGGAACAAAGUACAUGGUUCUCGAUGCUGGAGGGGGAACGAUUGAUAUCACAGUUCAGGAAGUUCAAAGUCAAUAUACCUUAAGAGAAGUCAGAGCUGCAAAUGGAGGCGACUGGGGAGGAACCAUGGUAGAUAAAGCGUUUGAAAACUUUCUCAUUGACCUUGUUGGUGAAACUGUGUUCACAACUUUCAAACAUUCAGAAACGGAAGACUGGCUUCAUCUUAGUCGAGGGUUUGAAUUAAAAAAACAAGCAGCUGGAAUACAAUCGGAGGGAAACGUAACUAUGCAUUUCCCGGUGUCGCUUAUUGAUCUAUUUGAAACGGAAAAUGAGAGAAAAAUGAAUAUCAAAGAUGCGAAAGUAGUUUCAAAAUAUGGUAAAACAAUAGAGCUGAAAAGAGACAAGUUGAAAAUAUCUCAGUCUACAGUAGAAAAGUUAUUUGAAGACUCCAUACAGCAAAUAGUUAAGCAUGUACAGAAAUUGAUGAGAGAUGAAAGAAUGGCAGAAGUCAAAGCCAUACUCAUGGUUGGUGGAUACUCAGAGUCUCCUUUAUUGCAACAUGCAAUCAAAUUAGCAUUUUCCGGAAUCCAUAUUGUGAUUCCACAAGAGGCGUCAUCUGCUGUGUUGAGGGGAGCCUUGAUUUUCGGUCACAAUCCCGCGACAAUAACCGAAAGGAUACUUAAAUAUACAUAUGGUACAGAUCUGUACCAGCCAUUUCUGGAGGGAAAACACCAAGAGACCAAACGCAUGAUGACUGAUGCAGGUGACUGCUGUGCCGGUAUUUUCGGCAAACUUAUAGAAAAGGAGUUGAGAGUGACGCCAGGUGAAACACAAGUAAAAAGAAGUUUUUGCGCUCUUAGCAAGAAACAAACUGGUAUGUAUUUUAAUAUUUUCGUUUCUGAAGAGAGCAAUCCUACAUAUGUAGAUGACAAAGGAUGUACCAAAAUCGGAACAAUACGAAUAAAGUUUGAAGAACCAGACGAUUUACCCGGACGUACAGUCAAUCUAACAAUGUUGCUUGGCGGCACAGAAAUCAUUGUAGAAUUAGAGGAUGAAAAAUCUGGAAACAAAGUAAUAAAUACAGCUGAGUUUUGGGGCUGA